AUCAUGGUUGUCAUGACAACACCAAGCUCUCCGGGGCGAGCUAAGGUAGCAGUUUGUUCUGCUCGGUUCGAGAGGUCCUGAAAUCGGUUUUUCAUCCUGUAAACACAAGCUAAAGGAGGAGGAAGUUGUCAUGUCUGAUCAGGUUAAAGACAAAUCCCAAAGAAGAGAGAAGAAGACAGGAAAGGCGCCCUCAGAGGGAAGCCAUGGAGUCAGAGGCAAAGAAACAACUGGCAGGACCAAGGAUUCUAUAAGCACUGUGUCGUGCAUAGAUGAGCUAGCACACCAUGACGAUAAUGCACGGAUGGUCGUAUCCAUGGAAAACACCUACCAGAUGGGACCUUACAAACGCUUCCCUGUUCCUGCUGUCACAGACAUACUGAAGGAUGUACUCACCAGUUACCUCCAAGAGGAGAAAUAUGAAGUAGAAUGGUCUCGACAAAUGACAAAAACAAUAUGUGAGGUGAUAAGAGCCCGUGUAAAGGACCUCAUGAUCCCCCGAUAUAAGAUCGUCACCCUGGUUCACAUCGGCCAGCUCACAGGACAGAGCAUGCAGAUCAGCAGCCGCUGUCUUUGGGAUGCAUCUAACGACACCUUUGCCUCUCACUCUUUCAAGAACAGCUCUCUGUUUGGUGUAGCAACUGUCUACGCCGUUUACUUUGAGUGAAGCACAGAAACUGGUGUGGAUGUCAAGUACACAGGACUCAUUUUAGUCAUGCAUUUCUCACUGUUAUGAAAAGAUUGCUGUUGUUGAACUUUUCUUUAUCUAUGUUGCACAUUUUGCCACAUACAUAACAAGACAAGACAAAAAUUUGUUACCAAAAUUCAAUGUUUUUUUAAUUUUAUUUUUCUAGCAUGGAAAGUGAAAUCACAUCACCUUAAACAUGUUCUCAUGGUUAUAUUUCAAACUAAUGAAUCACUGGUGACCUCCUUGGGAUGUUGCCCUCUAGCAGAGCAUGGAGAGAUCAUUUUUUCGACAGCCUAGUGUACAGCACACUGAUAUUAACGCCUGGUUUUGGUCCCGCCAAUGACGGUCCAUCGCUGGCACAUCUGUUCUCUUUAUGAGGUUUGGAUCCCUGAUGCCUGCCAAAAGAUAUCAGCCUUUGUUUAACAGGAGCCAAAGCUAUUAUUUUGAUUAAAAAAGAAAAAGGAGAUAUUAACAUCAA